CAAAAGGAUGCGUAUAAUUAUUAUUUUUUAAAUAAUAUUUGCACUAACGUAUGUUUUAUGUAUAUUUUAAAUACAAUCGGUUAAUUUGCGCAUGCGUGAAAAGUAGUUUGCGAUUGGCGGAACGGUGGAUACACGGAUCCAAGAUAGAGAUAGUAGUUAAAAAGGGACGUAAUACGAAGGAGUAGGAAAAAGAUAGAACCACUAUACUGCGUACGUGAAGGAGAGGGAGCAAGAUAGAAACCACCGCCAAUAUGAUUGCUCGAUCACUUGUUCUCAGUAGUAAAGCAAAGUUCGUGAGAGGAACGGUUUAUCGUACAUUUGGAGUGAAACACAAACGCAAGAAAUUUUUGUUUGUUUUCACAUAUAUCGUACUUGUGAAUAAAAUUUUGUGCCUCCAAAGAAUGGCAAAUUCCAAAGACGACAGCACCGAUAGUGUGCAAUUUUUUGAAGGCGUGGAGAAACUUCUUGAGAUUUGGUUCACAAGCAACAGUAGCAUAAACAGAAAGCAGGGCGAUCUCAGGCAAAUUCCUCAAUGGAAAUGGCAAUCUUUACUGAAAAUCGUUCGUUGUGAAAUUAUCAGUAUUUGUCAUACCGAGCAUGUGGAUGCUUAUGUCCUCAGUAUACAGGAUACAUCUCUACCUCUUGGUUUAUUGAUCUCUCUUGUUCAUGAUACAAAUGUAUUUUAUUCACGGAAAAAUUACAAGAAACCGGAAUUGCAAAUAUCUCCACAUCAAGCAUUUGAAGAAGAAGUUGCUUUGCUUGAUACAUUCUUUCCUGCUGGAGAAGCUUACUGUUUGGGCUCUGUAGAUUCUGAUUGUUGGUAUUUAUACACUUUGAAUAGAGAGAAAUCUGUGGAUGAACCUUCAGAACCAGAUCAAACUCUGGAAAUCCUUAUGACUCAUUUAGACCCAGAAGUAAUGGCUCUUUUUACCAGAGAUGUAUGUUCCUCUGCAGAUGAAGCAACUCAAAAGUCAGGAAUUGAUAAACUUAUUCCAAACAUGAUAAUAGAUGAUUUUUUGUUUGAACCUUGUGGCUAUUCAAUGAAUGGAAUAUCUAAAAAUGGAAAUUACAUGACUAUUCAUAUUACACCAGAGCCAGAGUUUUCGUAUGUUUCGUUUGAGAGUAACAUUCCAGAAACAUCAUAUGAGGAAAUAAUACGACGUGUACUGAACACUUUUAAACCGAAAAAAUUUGUUGUAACCAUUUUUGCUAACAAAGAAUCAAUAGCUGCUAGCUGUCCACGUGAUUUGGAGCAAACUGAUUAUUUGAAAUGUUCUGGCGACUGGCUACGUACAGAUGUUCAAUACUGUCGUUUUAAAAAUUAUGAUUUGACCUGUGCAUUUUACUCAAGAUUCCCAAGCUGAGGGUUCAUGGACGCUUCAUUCGGUCCUAACCAAAUAGGAACAAAUGAAGCGCUUACUAAUAC